AUGGUCACUACAAAUGAUAAGGAGACUGAAGACAAGCCAAGCAAUCUGACAGAACAACCUGAAGAUACCUUAGUAGAGAAGGAGAAGAAAGACCAUCAAGGACCAGAAAUCUCACAACAGGAGCUGCUGAGACUAUAUGCACCAUUUCCCCAACUGCUUAAGGGUGCUGUGGGAAAGAGAAUAUACUCAAGGUUCUUGGACUUGUUUGCAUCCUUGAAUGUGAACAUACCAUUCAUCAAGGCCAUUCAGCAAAUGCCAGCAUUUAUCAAAUAUAUGAAGGAACUUCUUCCCAGGAAGAGUUCACUCAAGGGGGGCCAGACUAUAGUGAUGAACAAAGAAUGUAGUGCUCUGAUUCAACCUGAGCUACCUACAAAAAGAAGAGACCGGAGUUUUCACAUCCCUUGUGCCAUAGGGGAAACACUUUUUGAUAGAGCACUUUGCGAUUUAGGAGCAAGCAUCAACUUAAUGUCCCUAUCCCUGGUGAAAAGGAUGUAG